GUGUGAAGGGAGACGAAAUACUCUGCACACUCUGGAGGAACUCAGCAGGUCGGGCAGCAUCCGUGGAAACCACGAAGGAUCGCGGCCCGAAUCGUUGACUGCUCGUUUCCACGACCUGUUGAGUUCCUCCAGCGUGUUGUGCGUGAACGUGAAGGGACGACAGGGCAGCACCUGGACUAUAGGUGUCCCCCGCUUUACGAAAGUUCGCUUUACACCGCUUCGCUUUUACGAAAGACCUUCAUUACUACCCUGUUUUUGCUAACCAAAGAGGAUUUUCGCUUUUACGAAAAAAGGCAGCACGCCAAGCUCCUCUCCAGGAACUACACUCAGUGUCAAGCCGCCAUAGCUUAAACACUUGUCUGUGAGCAUCUGUCCUUUAUCUCAAUUUAUUCUGUGCAUCUGUUGGCAGGAUGUGUCCUAAGGUAUUGGAAAAGCCUAAGAGAGCUCGUAAGGGUGUUACGCUCAGCGUAAAACUGGACAUAAUUAAGCGUCUCGAUCGUGGUGAACGAAAUAAAGACAUUGUACGUGCGUUAAACUUGCCUGCAUCCACCAUUCGUACUAUUUACACGCAGAGAGAACGAAUCUUGAAAGCUGCCGAUGUUGGUUCUGCGAGUAGCAAAGUGGUCUCUUUUAGUCGGCAUCCAGUAAUGGAUAAAAUGGAAAGUCUGUUGCUUGAGUGGAUUGAUGGGUGUAGAAAGUGUGGUGUCCCAUUAAGUUAUCUUACACUUAAGGAGAAAUCAGUCAGUCUUUUUAAUAAGCUGAAACAGAAAGCACUGGACGAUGGUGACGAAAGUGUUGCAAAAGUGGAAUUUAAAGGUAGUCAUGGGUGGUUUGAUCGGUUUCUGAGGCGAGGGCAGCUUCAUAGCUUAAAGGUUACUGGAGAGAGUGCUUCGGCUGAUACUGAAGCUGCCGAAAAGUUCCCAGAAGAACUGACAGAUGAAGAGCUGAUGCAGUUGAAAGAGGAAAGGAUAACAAUCAAAACCGAAUGUAAUAACGAACAGCCAGAAAGUGAAGUCAUCCGAGAACUGAACGUGAAGCACUUGAGUGAGAUUUUUGCUAAGGUUGACAGGGCUGCAAUGAUUGCAGAAAAGUAUGACUUUAAUUUUGAAAGGGCAUGUAGGUUUAGGGCAGGUUUGCAGGAUGUUUUGAGCGCUUACAAAGAACUGUAUGAUAGAAAAAUGUGCGAGGCUAAGCAGUCAAGCAUACUGUCGUUUUUCAAGCCUUCCACAUCAGCCACAGCAGAAGAUGAACCUGGACCUUCGACAUCGAGGCGGGCAGCCAUCGAAGAAGGUGUAGACGCUAGGGAUAUGCAUGCCCUGAUGAAUUCAGACGACGACGAAAUGACAAGCCAGUCUCCUGUACCUCCCACCACCCCAGCCUCCGACGACUCAGCCUAACACACCAUCAUCAGUGUGCUCGCUGUCUUCCCGAUUCCGAUCCGAGUCAGUUCAGAUAGGCAAAAACAUUUCCUGAUUGUGGACUUCAGGAGAGGGAAACCAGAGGUCCAUGAGCCAUUAAUCAUCAGAGGAUCGAAGGUGGAGAGGGUCAGUAACUUUAAAUUUCUGGGUGUCACUAUCUCAGGGUGUCUUGGACCCAUCAUAUAAAAGUUAUUGCGAAGAAAGCAUGACAGCGCCUCUACUUCCUUAGGAGUCUGUGGAGAUUCAGCAUAUCAUCGAAAUCCUUGCCAAACUUCUCUAGAUGUGUGGUGAAAAGUGUGCUGACUGGCUGCAUUACGGCCUGGUAUGGGAACACCAAUGACUUUAAACAGAAAUCCUACAAAAGGUAGUGGAUUUGGCCUAGUACAUAACAGAUAAAGCCCUCCCAACCAUUGAGCACAUCUACAUGAAACACUGUCAUGGAAAGGCAACAUCUGUCAUGAAAGAUCCUCACUACCAGGUCAUGCUCUUUUCUCACUGUUGCCAUCAGGUAGAAGAUACAGGUGCCUCAGGCCUCGCACCACCAGCUUCAAGACAGUUGCUACCUCUCAACCAUCAGGCUCUUCAACAAAAGACAUAAUUACACUCAUUUAUUGAGGUGCUCCCACAGCCGAUGAUCUCACUUUAAGGACUCUUUAUCUUGGUAUUUGGUACUCUUGUUAUUUAUUGCUAUUUAUUUAUAUAAUUUCAACAAUUUGUUGUUUUCUAUGCUCUUACUCUUUCAUUGAUCCCGUUUACAGUUACCAUUCUAUAUAUUUGUUGAGAAUGUCCACAGGAAAAGGAAUCUCAGGGUUGUAUGUGGUGACAUGUAUAUACCCUGAUAAUAAAUCUUUCUUUUAGCUUUGAACUUUUAAACUUUGAAAUGUUCCCCUUUAAAGUCUUUGAACUUGUUUAUUUGUUGAGCACACAAGUGAUUCACUUAUCAAACUUAGGAAUUUUAUGUCUGUGUUAAUACAGUUUUAAUUAAAAUUGCCACAUUUUGACAACCGAAAAACAAAAUUUAAUUGUGGUUAUGUUUCCAGAAAUAAGACUAAAUAAGUUACAGCUUGCAGAAUAAGGAGCUUUCACUUGCAAAUUAGUUACCAUAACAACAAUGUGAAUGGUUUCAGACCUCACUAAUAAGGCUGCUUACAUUUCAUUUCCCAAAGAAUUGGUGUGUGACAGCUUCUCCAAAUGUCUCACGUUUUAAAUCCAGUGGAUAAGGUGAAAACGUUAGGAUCGAAAGCAUCAAGUGCUAAGCUGCCAAUCCCUGUGGUGACUUCAGAAGAUGAAAGAAAGAGAUUGAUACUUGCAUCUCUAUACAAUGUACAAAUGUCAAGAAAAAUAUCACUAUUUAUUUAUUGAUUGCGAUACAGAAUGGAAUAGACCCUUCAAGACACGCUGCCCAGCAACCCCUGAUUUAACUUUAUCCUUAUCACAGGACAGUUUACAAUGACCAAUUAAUCUAUUGACCUUUUGGACUGUGGGAGGUAACAAAGUAUCCAGAGGAAACCCGUACAGACACAGGGAGAACAUACAGGCAGCAGUGGAAGUUGAACCCAGGUAGCUGGUACUGUAAAGCGUAGUGCUAACCACUACGCUACCCUGCUACCCCAUUGUAUUAAACCAAAAAGAUUAAGUUUUAGUUUUAUUUGUCAAAUGUGUAUCGAAAUAUACAGAAAAAGGUGUCUUUUGCGUUAUUAACCAGUGUAGCUGAGGCAGCCUGCCAUUGUCGUCAUGAUUCCGACAGCAACAUAGCUUGCCCAGAACUUACUAACCCUAACCCAUAACUUUGGAACAUGCGAGAAAUAAUGUUUUAUUGAUUAUUACUGCUAAAAUUGAGGGAAGCUGGUGUCGUUCACACUAAACCUAUUUUACAGUGCCUUGAAAAAAUAUUCAGCCCCCCCACAACAAUUUUCAUAUUUUACUGUCUAAAUUUCUAAGUUUAAAAUAUAUUGAAAUACGAUCUUUGAGCUAAUUUACAUUACAUUGUGCAUCAUGUCAAAUCAAAACAAAAAAAUCCAAAAUCUGUCAACAAUUUACUAAAAGUCAAAAACCAAAAUUGUACAGUGAAAAAGUAUUCAUCACCUUUGGAAUUACUAUGCUAACUUUCCUCAGGCACAGUACUCUAUAUUGCCUUACCAACUCACCUAGGUGACAUAGAAAGUUGGAGGAUCACCUGUUUUCAAUGAAUUCAUAAGAAGAAACACCCCCUCUCUCUGUGAGUUUCAGCAGUGUGGUAGAUUUUCAACAGAUCAAAGCAAAAUGAAGACAAAAGAGCAUUCAAGACAAGUCAGGGAAAUGAUAAUUGAGAAGUACAAACCUGAGGAAGAGUAUGACAUUAAAGACACUGAAAAUAAAUCUAUUCCCUUGCAUCCUUAUGGUAGUCUUAGAUCCACAAAUACUGAUCAGCCUAGACUUCCUAGAGUCAAGCAUUUAAGAAAUGGUCAGUGGCAUUUUGUUUUUAUUCAACAAAAAUCUGGAAAAUUCUGCUGACUGAGAUAAGCCUGGCUAAUUCUAUGGAAAGCCUACUUUUUUUAAAAAAUUUGGUCUGCUUAUAGGUGUAAUGGCUUCUUUGUAAUGUUUCACUGCUAAGGUAAUGGUUUCUCUGUAGCAGCAAUGUUUGGGUUAUGGCUGGAGAUAACAGGACUGUCGUAUGCCUGUUAACCAAUUGGAGAUUGUUGCUGUCUUGUGUAUCUGGAAGGAUGUUGUUUAUCGUGAUCUUUUGUCAAGGAGAGAUGAAGAGGGAAGAGGCACGUGGAGAGAGCUGGUAGACCACCGGAUGGAGCGGACUGGGAUGUGAGGAUCUGAAGGUCAGCGACGUUUGGAGGAGACCGAUGGUGGAAGGAUGACUACUGAGUGAGCUCCAAUGUGACUUUGACUUGGGCCCUUUUUUUCUGUUUGUUUAUUUUCAUUACUAACAGUAUAUUCAGAUUAAGGUUCAUAAAGUUCUAUCAUUUAAUUGCA